CAGUAUAUUUUUGGGGAGUUCAGCGAUGACGAAUUCAAGCAAUUCUUUGUCAGUGCUCGCUGUACAGUGGAGCUCCCACCUUUUAAUGAAACCAUAUUGUAUGGGCCUCAGUCUUCAAGUGAUCAAGAUGGUAAGUCUCAUCGUUCGUUUUCAACUAACAACUGUUGUCUUUCAGGUGACGAAUAUCAGCGCAUCGAAUUUGGCGUCAGUGAAGUAAUCGACCCGGACGCAGGCCUCGUCAAUAAUUCCGACUAUAGUAUUUCCAGCACCUUGAACCCGCAAGCCCCAGAGUUCAUCCUCGCCUGCACUCCAGCACAGAAGACCUCCGACGACGACGUCCUCCACGCCAACAACUGUGAUGGUGUCGACGGUCAGUACUCCGAAGCCACCCUCCCUGACGGAAGCGGCAACGCAGACAGCGAUGGCACCUCUGGGUUGGGCCAGAGAGAGCGCAAAAAGAAGAAAAAAAGACCUCCUGGAUACUACAGUUACUUGGAAGGGGUUGCUGAUGAUGGCACCCACUCAGAGACCCUGGUCAACGGGCACGCCGGUGCCGGGGGAUUUAACAGUAUAGGCACCGACGAGCCAGAGGCUGCGGAGGACGUACCGCUAUUGUCGGCCUCUCCUAGGACUUGUAACAGCCCAGAUCCUUCUGUGGACUAUAAUAGUGAGACUGCCAGUGACGAGGCUCCUUCUCUUCCUAGUGCACUAGACAAUGAUAGGACUGCUGGACAGCCUGAGACAUGCAGUGUUACCCUCUCACCGCCACCCUGCAUCCCCCCGGACGCCGGGAGGGAGAGCCCAGUAAGGACAGCUGUGGAGCAGCCUCCGGCUGCCCCUGAUACUACUGAAAACCUUGGAGUUACCAAUGGACAGACACUUGAAACCACAGAGGACGUGCCUGCCUCUAACGGGGUGGACUGUCACCCGGAGGCCGCCUCCGUCUCUGAGUCAGCCAAGCCGGAGGACACAUCGCUCCCUCAGCCUGUCGGCCAGGCGUCAGCGCCCUCCUCCUCUGCAAACCCACCAGCUAAGUCUUGGGCUAGUCUUUUCCAUAAUUCUAAGCCCUCCACGUCUCCGCAGGUGGCCUAUGUUGAGACUAAGUAUUCCCCUCCCGCCACAACCCCUCAGGCUGCUGAGAAACAGGUUGAGGAGAAGGAGGGCCCUGUUCCAGUGUCAGAGGACCCGCUAGCCAUAAAGAUUGCAGAGGUGUUGGAGAAUGUGAAGCUUGUCCACAAACCGGUAUCAUUACAACCCAGAGGACUCCUCAACAAAGGCAACUGGUGCUAUAUUAAUGCUACACUGCAGGCUCUGGUGGCUUGUCCACCGAUGUAUCAUCUUAUGAAGUGCAUUCCAAUGUACACCAAACUCGACAGGCCGUGUACAUCAACACCAAUGAUUGACAGCUUUGUGAGACUGAUGAAUGAAUUUACGAACAUGCCAGUUCUUCCUAAGGCUAAGCAAGUUCCCGGUGACAAAGUCAUGCGAGACAUCCGCCCGGGGGCACCUUUUGAACCCACAUACAUCUACCGCUUGCUGACUGUUUCCAAAUCUACUCUGUCUGAGAAGGGGCGCCAGGAGGACGCAGAGGAAUAUCUCGGCUUCGUUUUGAAUGGAUUGCAUGAAGAAAUGUUGUCACUGAGGAAACUGCUCUACCCACAAAAUGACAAAAUAUCUGUUUCAAAUGGUCCUGAGACGCAGCCAGUGCAGGAGGAGGAGGAGGUGAACCAUGAAGACCAAGGAGAGGGUAGUGAUGAGGAGUGGGAGCAGGUGGGACCACGCAACAAGAGUUCAGUGACCAGACAAGCUGACUUUGUCCAGACUCCCAUCACAGAUAUCUUUGGAGGACACAUGAGGUCUGUCGUGUACCAGCAAAGCUCCAAGGAAUCAGCCACUCUUCAACCGUUUUUCACCCUGCAGCUGGACAUCCAGUCAGAGAAGAUUCGCACCGUCCAAGACGCACUGGAAAGCCUCGUGGCCCGGGAGUCUGUCCAGGGCUACACCACCAAAACCAAACAAGAGGUGGAAAUCAGUCGGCGAGUAACUCUGGAGGAGCUGCCUCCUGUGCUCGUUCUGCACCUCAAACGCUUUGUGUUCGAGAAGACUGGCGGCUGCCAGAAGCUGGUGAAGAAUAUCGAAUAUCCCGUAGAUCUGGAAAUUAGUAAAGAUUUGCUUUCUCCUGGAGUAAAAAGCAAGAUAUUUAAAGGACAAAGGACCUACAGGCUCUUUGCAGUUGUGUACCACCACGGAAACAGUGCCACUGGCGGCCACUACACUACAGACGUCUUCCAGAUCGGUCUUAACGGCUGGCUGCGUAUCGAUGACCAGACUGUCAAAGUGAUAAACCAGUUCCAGGUGGUGAAACAGACUGUAGAGCGCACGGCCUACCUCCUGUAUUACCGCCGCGUAGACCUGCUGUGA